AUAACUUCAGGUCGAUGCAGUCCAUGUCAAAACUGACAAUUUUAUUGUUAUUGAAAUUAUUUUAAAUUGUAUAAAACUUUAUUAAUGGUAGAUCAAUUAAUUGCACUAUCAUCUCAGUAGAUAAAUGUAACAGAAUUGUACAAAAAUGUCGAAACGACCCUUUGACACAAACCAAAAUAAAAUGUCGAGGAACGAUAGAUUUGUGCAAAUGUCCCAGCAGGAAAUGUUAAUAGAGCAGAAAAAACGUGAAAUACAGGCCAAAUUAGAGGCAAAGCGUCGACAGGUUAAUCAAGACGUUAAAGACAAAACUAUCAAACCGACAGAAGUUCCGGUAGUUGAACCCAAGGAAUGCCCAAAAAGUUUGGUAAAUCAGUUUUCCAAUGAUGGAUCAUUUCUAAACCAAUUCAAGCAAUUGAACGACAAGAAAAAGGAUUCAAGGUUUAAAACCUUUAAUAAAUAUAGAGAUAAAGAAAGGGAGCGGGAAAAGGUGAAAGAGAAAGAAAAAGAGCACACUUUUGAAGUGGCAACCCAAAAUAAUUCAGAACCCAAUAACGAUAGAACUGAUGUUCCGCGACAAACCCGUUUCUCUACCGAACCAAUAAUGAGUAUUGAUCCCCAAAAAAUAGCUGUAAAUGCUUCUUUUACCACCAACCCUCCACCUAUGACAAAUAAUUUCCAUCAGGCGCCGCCGAUGCUACCUAAUCAACAAGAAAUUUCUUUAUUAGGACAACUUCCUUCUACUACUCAAGUUCCUCCACAAAUCCCCGAUUUCUCUGUUCCUCCACAGUUAGCUUUCCCCAAUGCUGGAAAUGCGAAUUUUACAACUCAAACGCUGUUAAGCUCUGUUGGAGUUCACUUAAACACCAGUGUAGCUCCACCUACUACACAAAUAAUAUCUUCUACUGUGACGCAACAGUUAAAUCAACCAACAUCAAUGCCGCCUCUUAUUCAACAAACAGUGGGCUUAGUUGGGCAGCCUGUGCAAGAUUUGUUAGCAGCAGGACACAUUGGACCUGCAAAUAUUUCUACAUCGGAGCAAACACAAACGGUCAUGACUCAAACCGCUCAUUUGUUCGGUACUACCACCACGACAGAACAGCUUAUAUCAGGUCCGCCUCCAGUGCUGCUGAAUGUUCCGCCGCCUCAAAUUGUGCCUCAAACUCAACUGGUGAUUACUCCACAGAAUCAGAAUGUGCUGGUGUCCGCGCCCUCCAGCAUUCUGACUACAGUCACAAUACCUCCGCCAGUGAUGGCUCCUCAAAAUUUAAAUAUCAGCGCCCAGAAUAUUUUGAAUGUACGACCUCCAGGGCUGCCAGCAAUUGAGUUAACUUCAAUUCCACCUCCCAAUCCCAUUCAGCUGCAAAAUAUACCUCAACCGGAGCCAUUAAAUACUUUAAAUAUACCUCCACCUGCACCCUUGCAAGUUUCCAGUAUCCCGACGCCAUCAUCUCUGCAGUUAAAUGAAAUCCCCAAUCCGAAACCAAUCGACUUAAUGGCGAUACCGACGCCAAAUGAACAUGAAGACAACUUCACUGAUAGCAGCUUUUUAAAGAAUAUUCCACCUCCAAACAAGAACUUACCGCCACCGAAUGUCUCCGAUUUAAGCUUCUUGGCAAACAUUCAGCAGGUUUCUGGACCUCCAUCGCUUACUUCCAGUCUUCCUCCGAAUUCACAGACACCCGUUAAUCGAAUUCCAUCGUUAAUGUCCCAGCGUGUUCUGCCUCCGCCUGGAAUGGGAGUAAACAUUCCGCCACCAAUGUUGCAUACGCGCGAUAUCACCCAACCUCCGCCAAAUUUCAAUUUGCAAAUUCCGCCCCCAAUUCCGAAUAUCAACGUUCCACCUCCAAUGAUUGGCCCACCGGCAGGAAUGCCCCAUAGGAAUGCUUUCAAGGAGGAAAUAUUAGGUGGUGCAGAAUUUGAAGCAAUGGCAAACCUGGCCCGAAUGGUAGCCGAAUGUGGGCCUUCCGUGGAAGACGUCGUUAGACAGAAAAAAAACCGAGACCCCGAAUUGUGGUUUCUAUUUCACAAAGAAUCGCCCGCCUAUCGUCAGUACGCCGGUUUAGUAGAGCAAUACAAGAGGGAACGCGAAGACAAAGAACGGACCCUAGUGAAACCGGAUCCAAGCGAAAUUUACGAACCGGAAAUGGCGUUAGAAGACGACGACUUCGAAGAUUCAAAAGAUAAUUUCGACUUCAAACAAGAGAUCAAACAGGAAGAGAAUAUGAGUGUGUCUGAAAGAAAUAGACGCGAAAGAAAACGAAAAAGCCGAUGGGGCGAAAAGGAUAAUGAUGCUAAACCGCCCAUUUCUCUGCCAGUUUUAUUGCCCCAAAUGAAUCCCUCCAUUAUACCUCCAGUUCCGGGAGGAUCAGGAAUGCUCAGCAAAGUGACCCGAACUGAUCCUGGGUUGUUGCAAUACACUAUGCAGACAUAUGGAUCAAACAAUCUGUCUGAUGAAGAUUGGAAAAAAGCUGAGGAUAAUUACAAAAUUCAUUUAUUGUAUCAGGAUAUGGUCAAAAAAAGAGAAGAGUUGGAAAAACUGCAGAGGCAAGGGAAAAACAAAUACGAAUAUGACUCAGACGAAGAAACAGAAGGUGGAACAUGGGAACAUAAGCUGAGAGAAAAGGAAAUGGUAGCCACUGAAAAAUGGGCAGUAGAACUGAAUCGUCAGGCUGAAGGCAAACAUCACAUAGGCGAUUUUUUGCCCCCCGAAGAACUCAAGCGGUUCAUGGAAAAAUCCAGCGCAGUUAAGGAGGGCCGUCAACUAAACUUCUCUGAUUACAAAGAAUUCAAAAUAAAAGAAGAUAAUAUUGGAUUCAAAAUGCUGCAAAAACUCGGGUGGACCGAAGGACAGGGGUUAGGACAGAAUAAUGCCGGCAUUGUGGAUCCUGUUAACAAGGGUGCUCCGAGGGAUAAUACUCAAGGUUUGGGUCUAAAUGUUGGAGAAGCAACUGAAGACGAAGAUGAAUACGAUUCAUACCGGAAACGAAUGAUGUUGGCUUACAGAUUUCGGCCUAAUCCCUUGAAUAAUCCACGAAGGCCUUAUUAUUAAUUGAUAUCACGUAUUAUUAUGUGACGUAAACUUGAUUAACAUGCAAUGUAUUGUGAAUAAAAUACUACAUUAUAAAUUACUGUAUUAAAUCGUGAAAUAAAGUAGUCAAUGUUA